CGCACCUGCUCGAAACCCUGUCAGCGCCAGGCAGGAGCGACACAGCGGGCGGUGAUGCAAUGAGGGGAGGAGGGUCGCAGCGGGCAGGCGAUGAGAGGACCCUUUUGCGCUCGGCGUGCGAUCGAACGGGGAUGGAUGGGAGAAGACGCGCUUCGCGUUCGAUGAUUCUUUUUGGGCCGGGGACUUGUUUUUGUGGGACCGUGCGCUUCCGAGCGCACCUGCAGCAAGCCGUUGGGCUGGCACGCCGCCGAGCCGCCUGGUCGAAUCGAUUGCGCGCCGCCGGCUGGCAAUUGAGGCGGUUUGAGUCUGAGAAGACGUUGCAGGCAGAGUGAAACGGUGCGAGGCCGCACGCUUCUUUGUUUUCGCUGCGUUGCGCGCAAUGCUGUGUCUUUGCCACUCAGGCGCGUUGUUUGUUUACAUCCAGGCACCCCGGGCGGAUCGCCACACCCAACGCCCCGGACACGACCCAUGGCGGGCAUCGUCACCACUGGACAUUGCCGGGAACCCCUAUCUUCUAUCAGCGCCCGAGCCAGAGGCGUGAUGAGGCAAUUUCACGGGCUUCAUGCGAAAAGGGGCUGCUGUUGGCUGCUGGUCGGGAGCGGGCCGCUAGGGCCACGAACGCGCGGAGGGACCGUCACCUUAGCUCUCCACAUUAUGAUUCCUGAAGCGCUUCCCGUGGUUAUCGUCUAUCGAUUGUGUCGACAUGCGCAGCCGCAUCCAAUCGAUACGCUGAUAUCGCACUUGAGCGCUUGCUGGGGAACGGCUUCGUCCAACUCAACCGCGUCCACGUCGCAGACAGCGUCCAAGUGUCCUCACGAAGCGCCGGCUGAGGCUGUUGCAAUUCCUGUGCGACGGCGCCGGCGGAAUAAUUCCUUCUAUCCAAUUUGCCCAAAUGGGCCGCUCUAUCCUGCAAUAACCGCGUCUUUGCCAGCGACCAUUAUUCCCCAGUCCUGGCCCAUAGUCCAUCUCUCCGGCCUGAGUUCCGACCGGCUUUCUUCUACCUACUUGCUGCAUGCGGCUGUUGUCUCCGGGCCGCGCUUGCUUCAGAUACCCGUUGGUUCCGUCGCGCCUUCCUUGGGGCAGAUCUCGCCUCAACCGUGGCUCGCUGCAGCACCGUCGGCCUUCCCAAAGCGUUCGCACGUCAACGACGCCGCUAGAUAGACAAGAGCAUCCGCUUAUUCCGCUGGUUCAGUGACUUCAUGAACCAUCCACUGCCGGCACUGGAACAAAGCCAAUACGUU